AAGAAGCAACAAGCCUGUAUCUGGUGGAUGUGAAGGCCAGUUUAUAUCCGCGCGCCGAAUUGAUAACUGAUUUUUUUUCGAAGUGUUGUGUUUAUGUACGCAUACAUAUAUGUAUGUUUGUAUACAAAAGUAAAAGAAAUCAUAUAUAUAUGCAUAUCUGUGCAUAUGCAAGCCAUUGACCUAAAAGCGCAGUGUAAAAAUUCAAAACAAACAAAGGAAAGGUGAAUGAACAGUACACGCAAAAAUGCAUUUAACAGCGAUGGCUAACAUAAAGCUGUAAGCUUACAUACCAGUUAACAGGCUGUAAGCGUGGGUGAACGCACCAUUCAAUAGAAGUAAUGAACUUUGAGAUUAAAAUUUCAAAUAGUUCACCUGAAAGUCUUUUAAGUUCCUCUCCCAUUCUGUUUACACCGAGUAAUUAAGAGAUAAUUACUUAAACACGAUUUCGAUUAAUGCUUCGCAGACGGGACGACAUUAAACUAACAACUAUCAGAGGGCAAUAACACCAGUGCGCCAGUGUAAACAGCGCGAGUAAAUAUACACUGAGCAAGAACUUGACGACUUUUGUGAAUUGUUCUUGACUACAGCCAAACGGCUGAGCGGACUACGGAGCAGAAGAACGCUUAUCAGCUUCGCAUAUCAAUUAAUAAAAUUACAAAAAAUUUGCCGAUUUUUUUAGACGAAGUGAAGACGAUAAAAAUCCACGAUUGUCUUUCGAAACCGCGUAAAGAGGCUGUCAUUACCGACAAAGCGCAACUGGAUAUGCAGAUAGUAAAAAAUCAGCAACACUUACGGAUGGAGUUAAUGAGUUGUAAGUGUUUGACGACAAUCAACUAGGUGCUACAUACAAUUUUCUCUGUGUCGGCGUUUAAAAAGUGUUGCGAUAAUGGUAAAAGUUAACAAACGGCUUUUGCCGAUAAAGGCACAUUUCUUCUUCUUCAUGGCGGCAAUGGGUCCAAUUCUGCCACAACUGUCGGUUUAUGGAAAACAGUUGGGCAUUCCACCGGAUAUUAUGGGCUAUAUAACAUCGGUCCUGCCAAUUAUGUAUGUAAUAGCGAAACCGAUUGUAGGCUAUAUUGCUGACUAUUUUUCGCAUUUCCGCAAAUUUAUCUUCUCGCUGCUAAUCAUCCUGAUGACACUCGCUUAUGCCGCCUUCUAUUUCGUACCGCCAUCAGCACUGCAGGCUAUCGAUGAUGUAAAUGCUACUUGGAGCGUCAGUUUCAUAGCUUCGAAUGUGUCCAACUGCGAUUCAGAGAUAUUAAAGCUGCCCUCGGUGGCUCACCCAGCUCUCUGCUUCUUCGAUGGUGCAAAUAACACCGAUUUCCUUGCAUACUUUACGGCUACCUCAACAGCUUAUGCUCAACAGCUAAACUUAACAAGCAACGUGAUAUCCCCAGCCGAUACGCACAUGUGCUUCACCUCAUCUACUUAUAACACAACAACAGAGUUGACAACUCCUACCAAUGUUUCAUGCCAUUUCACGCCGGACUUACAACCAGACUACAUUUAUUGCACAUCCACUUUCUGGCUGUUUGUUAUAUUUAUGUGCUUGGGAACAAUUGGCUUUAAUGUUGUCAACUCCAUUUCGGACGCAAUCUGCUUUGAUAUGCUUGGUGAGUCUGAAGAGGGCAAGUAUGGCGCGCAGCGCGUUUGGGGCACGAUAGGCUUUGGUGCUACUGCACUGCUUGCGGGGAUUGCGGUAAAUAUUUGGACUGCAGAAGCACUCAAAAGUUUUACACCAGCCCUCAUCGUUAUGCUUAUCUUCAGUGGCCUCGAUCUGCUUAGCGUUUCCAAGCUGAAGUUGCCGAAGCUCUCAUCGUCAGAGUCCAUUUUCAAAGAUGUCUGGAACUUGGUCAGUCACCCGGCCAUAGCUAUCUUUUUGGUGUUUGCUACAAUCGCCGGUAUAAUCGACUCAUUCAUUAUCUAUUUUAUGUUUUGGCAUGUCGAAGAGGUGGCCGCCGAAACGGGCUAUAUGUCGCAGAUUAAAUUGAUCGAAGGCUGUGUUGUUGCUGCCGAGUGUCUUGCCGGUGAGGUGCCUUUCUUUUUCUACAGCGGCGAAAUUAUCAAGAAGCUGGGCUAUAUCCAUUGCAUGACAAUGUGUUUCUUCUUUUACGCGAUGCGCCUCGCGCUCAUCGCUUGGAUACCGAAUCCCUGGUAUUUAGUUGGUGUGGAAUUGUUCUUCCAAGGCAGUACCUAUGCGCUCUGUUACACUUGCAUUGUGGCCUAUGCAUCAGCUGUGGCGCCACCUGGCACAUCGGCGACAGUACAGGGUCUAAUGGCUGGCAUGGACGACGGCUUGGGCUUCUCUAUCGGUUCGCUGGUGGGUGGUUUGGUUUUUAAACAUUACGGCGGUCGACGAAGCUUCUUCUACUUUGCAAUAUUUGCAUUUACGGCGUGUGUGCUUCACAUGUUGGUGCGUCCACGAUCGCGUAAGAAGCAAUACUUGCCCAAGAGUGGUUACCAAGUGCCUAACGAACAGGUGACUAUUGGUCCGUUGGCUUUGGCAGAGCAAAGCAAGGCGUGAUAAAGACUGUAACAGUGGAUAUUUUAUGCUACACAAUUUGUUUGUGUAAUUUAUUAUAUAUUUGUAUUAUUGACAAUUUUGCGUACAUACGUUUAAGACAGUGAAAUAGUAUACUUAUAUAUGUAAGUAUGUACAUACGCAUGUAGAUUUAUAUGUUACGAUUUUGAUACAAGCAUUUCAUCAAAAGGUUUAGUUUUUUACCUUAAACGUACGAAAUACAGGGGAAUACGGAUUUUAGGCAUUUGCUUGAAUUUGCAAAACUGUACUCAAGUCAAAUAAUAUUUUAUAUGAGUGGUGGCUAAAUAUAAGUGUAAAUAACCUGUUUUGUUGAUAGGAAAAUAAGAAAUAAACGUCAAA